UUUAGGCCUGUUUUUGCCGAUUACAUUGUGUACGAGCAGCACCGUCACGAGUUCAUGAACCAGCCUCGCACAAGAGCAGCACUUCUUCAUGGUGGCCUCAUAUGGCGGCUGGCUUUACAUAGUCUUGGGUUCGAUGUUCUCCCCUCCGUUCUUGAUGGCAUUUCACAGGAAGCAGUACCGUUUGGCCUCAUGCUGGACAUUAAUGGCCAGACUUAUUUUGAUGAUGAGCUGUCAGAAGAGGAGGUAGAUUUCAUGUGCAGGACGUAUUAUUUGCAUACCAACGACGGGAAUGCUGAAAUUGUCUCCUGGUGGCCCAGGCCCCAGGCAUGGGCUGCCUCAGGACUAAAUGUGGGGUUCUGGUCCAGUCGCUGUGAAUUUUGGUUUCAGUCGCGCCUGGACAACAUUCAACAGGAGCGACAUAAAUUCACUAAUGAUGCUAACAGUCCAAUGACUGGCUUGCAGUGGAAAGGCUCACUCAAAUUCAAUGUGGGCACCAACAAAAUGAUGAAAAAUGUCAAUGCGGCAUCUUGCAGUUUUCUU